UCCUCAUCCUCCUUCACUCUUUAGUCAUAUUUACAUAAAAACAAUACAAGAGUUCUUCCAAGUGUCUGCAUUAGGUAACAUUAGGUAUAUGGGCAAAGGUCGGGGAUUAACGAUUAGUCGGAGCGAACGGUUACUCGGGAGUCCUAAUCAGUCCGGUGACCAACACGUGAACGUAGAAACCGCCGUUGAGAUGGAACUCAUGGAAGAGGAUGUCUGGUCGGUGCUGGAGCCUGAUCAACCAACACAAGAAAGCGCUUGGACCGCACGCUCCCUCGACGCUAGUGGCGGUGCACGGAUACACAACGGAAGUGGUCGUGCGGGUGGACGAAGAAAGAAACACCUGGCGACUUCAGCGCCGGUGAAGGUUCCUGACUGGAGCAAGAUCCUAAAGACGGAGCCCGUCGGGUCAAUGCAUCGUAACAACAAUGAUGCUGACGUGGCGGAUGGUGACUGGGAAAGUGAGAUGGUGCCACCUCAUGAAUACGUGGCGGCACGUAUUCGUCGUAACGGUGACGGUGGUUCCUCUUUGAUUUUGGGCGUGGGGAGGACGUUAAAGGGACGGGACAUGAGACGGGUCAGAGACGCCGUGUGGAGCCAAACCGGGUUCUAUGGCUAAAUCACCUGAUUAAUUUUAAUUUGAUCAUAAUCUUUAGAAUUGGAGUAAUUAAGCACUCUACAAUAAUAAUAUCUCCAUGUAUAUUAAUAUUAGUCGUCUAUUCGAUAUUUAGGGGGUGGUAUUGGUUUGU